UCCAAGUUAAACUUGAGUGGACUACAAACAUAUGUGCAAUGGAUUUCUAAGUUGUGUAGCUGUCUUGGCAGCUUUCUUCGUUUUGGGUAACCGACAAGCAAAGGAGCCAAGUGGCUCCACGAAUCGAGAACGUUUCUUGUUUACUAGUGAAAACAAGGGACGUCGCUUUGCCCACACAGACUUUCGAAACAAGCACUCUCGUGAGAACUCAACGUCCUUUGCGACGAGUCCCAGUUUGAAGCACCCAAGUCAGCAACAAGAGAGAAAGACAGAGCUAGAGCUUAGUAGCUCAGUUGAAGCCUUUUCGUCAUCAUUGGCAGUUUCUAGAGAUAGAAAGGCUUCCCAAGUGGAAAACGUGCUUGAAGAAACGGAGCAGUUUAGAAAGGAACAAAGUGGUCAACCUUCUCGUAGUCUGGGAAGAAUAGAAGGAACUUGUGUUGAGACAACAGCUGAAACAAAGAAGUUAGAAAGUUAUUCACGUACUCCUUUGGAAGGAACUUUGGAAUACCCUCUUUGUUUGAACCGAGAGCAAGCAGUUCCAACUAUCUCAGCCAGUCGUCAAGGAAUAUCAAAAGAAGAAGAACUUGAAACUAGACCAGUUGCAGAACAAGAAACUUUGGAAAAAAUAACAGCUCAGAAAAGAAACAACGGGUUUUUUGACAAGACAGCAGAGUUGCAGGGUUCUACAAACUUUAUUUCUUCUUCAGAAAACAGAGAAAAUUUAGAUAGAAAACUUUUCAGAAUGGGUGAGAAAUCGAGCCGUAGUGACCGUGUUGUAGCGGGAAAGUGGCGUCUUGGAAGAAAAAUUGGUUCCGGUUCUUUUGGAGAAAUUUAUUUAGGAACAAAUAUAUAUACUAUGGAGGAGGUUGCUUUGAAGUUCGAAACUGCAAAAACGAAGCAUCCCCAGUUGUUGUAUGAAAGUAAAAUCUACCGAUACCUAGCAAUAUCUCCUUGUGGACAACCAGUGGUAGGAUUUCCAACAGUUAAAUGGUAUGGUCAAGAAGGUGAUUUUAAUGUAAUGGCGAUGGAACUUUUAGGCCCGAGUCUUGAAGAUCUGUUUAAUUUUUGUCAUCGCAAGUUCUCGUUGAAAACUGUUUUGAUGAUUGCUAUUCAGACUAUUACUCGUAUUGAAUAUAUUCAUUCACGAAGUUUUAUUCACCGAGAUAUUAAACCAGACAACUUCCUUAUGGGGUUAGGGAAGCAUUCAGAGACGAUCUAUUUGAUUGACUUUGGUUUAUCCAAAAGGUACAGAGAUCCGAAGACACAUGUGCAUAUUCCAUAUAGAGAAGGAAAGAAUCUGACGGGCACUGCAAGAUAUGCGUCCAUCAAUACUCAUUUAGGUUUGGAGCAGAGUCGAAGAGAUGAUUUGGAAUCUCUUGGAUAUGUGUUGAUGUACUUUAACCGCGGUAGUUUACCAUGGCAGGGUCUUAAGGCUGCUACGAAGAAACAAAAAUAUCAAAAAAUAAGCGACAAGAAAGCUAAUACGCCCAUUGAAGUAUUAUGUAAAGGAUAUCCCGCAGAAUUUGCAAUUUAUCUCAACUACUGUCGCUCCCUAAAAUUUGAGGAGAAACCAGAUUACGACUAUCUUCGUUCUAUAUUCCAAGCACUUUAUCGAAAGAAAGGAUUUCCUGAUGACUAUGUAUUUGACUGGACUGCCUUGACUCGAAACGCAUCGUCUUCCCUGAGAGCCAAUGCUACCGCUGUACAUCGUGAAACGAAGAACCGUGAUGACUCCCUUGCAGUUGCACUAGAUCAACAACAAGAAGAGCGGAUAUUGGAUCAUACGGAGAGAUUGGAAUCUAGUGGUAUAGGUACAGCUCCAAUUUUAUCAAGUCCUUUAGUGAAGGAAGAAGAGACUUCUCGCAGAAUGUUGGGUGAAGGAGGAGUAGACACUUUAAAGGAUUCAAAGCAAAAUGUCGUUUCAAAUAGCCCAAAUGCUUCUCAUGUUUUGAAUGCUGGCAUUGGAGGCAAAGAUAUUUCUUUGUUUUCUAAUUCAAGAAAUAGGAGAUGAAGAGGAAUUAUGAAAAUGGUCAUUACCAAAACACAACCAAGGUUGAUUGAAGAAUUCUAGAAAGUGACGAAAUGUUCAUUGCACCAUCACAAUAGUGUCUAUUUA